GUGUGCUGGUUACAGCAAGCCAAAGUGAUGCAAAACUAAGAAUUCUCGGGCUCGAACCUCGUGGCUCUUUCAAUGGUCGUCCCUGGGGUUGAACUGAGACCCGCCCCCCUUGAUCAGGGGCCACCCACCUAUACGGAGUACACACUCCAGGAACGAGACGAGGAAGGCCAAAUGCUGCGCAGUGUCUCUUCCCUUCGCAUAUUUCAUUCCCGAGGCGCCAACCUCCGCACCUCAACCGGACUGGAGAAAUCAGUAGAAACGGGUCCGUCGAUGUACUGUACCUACCACAAGGUCCAAGCCCGACGCGCAACAGAUGGAGGCUGUUCGCGACUCGGCCGAACAAUCCGAGGCAGCUGUAUUCUCAGUCGUCCGACCCGAACAUAUGAAACCGACCAGCGUCCCAUCCACGGCUUCUCACAGCAGGAGUGGGACUUCCUCAUCACUGAAAAUCCCCGCCGCGAGAAAAGCCAGCUUCCGCGUCCGCGAAUGGGUCAAACGGUCCAAGUCUAGCCGGACAAUCCAUGGAACAAGCCCAGCAGCGCCAUCCACACUGGCGCCGCUGAAUACGCAGUUGAGCGGUGCGCGUGUGGAUAAGCCGGGAGUUGACAGCUCAGCUAGCAACAAGCAGUUUCUCGGGUUGCCUGCGGCGAAGCAGGGAUCAGACAGGCGGACGAAUUCCAUGGACAGCAGGAUCACCCAGUGGCCGGACUUCUACCACAGCAGCCAUGAAGCCGGCAGACCCCAAACCCGGCCAACCCUGGGAUCUCCCGCCGGCCGAGAUAGACAGGCAAGCCGCUACCAUCGGCCCGAAUCCAAUACAGAUCUCCGGCCCGCGCCGCUCAGAGUGCCGUCCUCCGAGAGACCAGGCGGCGACAGGACACCGCCUCCAACACUAGAACGGAAGGACUCCAGAUGGAAGCCGCUGCCCAAUCUUCCGGCGCAGCCUGUCCCACCCAAAGCGGACAGCACAGUUAUGGCGCCGCGCCUGGGGGAAGUCGUGCCUCCUCCGGCGAUGGGCGUCGAUACGCCCCCUCCAAGCCCAGACCGUAGCGCCAACGGGGUGGGUGCAGCGGAACCCGCACCCCCGAGCACAGACCGUGGAAAAGGGAAGGCAAGAGGCGAAGGCUCCAGCAGGGAGGGACGUUGCGAUGACCAGCCAGGGGCAGGACCACACAAGGCGGUACGGCACACACGCGAGGAGCGCCUUUGGCUCCACAAACAUUAUCACGGGGAGGCCCCUUUUCUGAAGGCAUGGGGCUUGGAUAUCUCGAAGCUAGCCGAUCGGCUCGAAGGCUUGGAUAUUCUCAGGGACCUGAUUCAGGCCGAGGCCGAGAAAGGCCGGGCGCAAUGCCCACAGGCUGUAGUUGGGUAGGGGGGCCGUUGGGGAUGAACUGUAAUAAGUCUGACGGGAAUGCUGGGACGACUGUCGAUCCGACUACCUAAUGAAUUCAUCUGUUCUGUUCUGGGCGACGUAUAGUUAGUUCACGGUGGUGAGAAAUGACGUCUUGUAUCCACGCUGCCGGUACGGAAAGGGCAGAAACCCGAGAGACGUGUGAUCCAGGCUUCACCCCUCCUGCUCCCGACAU